AUGAUCGCGACAGAGUUGCCCAUUAGGCCAUGGUCUAAAAUAGGUGUGGACCUGUUUGACUACAAUAAUGAAUCGUACCUACUGACCGUGGAUUAUUUUUCAAAAUGGCCAGAAAUUGUGAGACUUGAAUCUACUACCGCAAAGUGUGUCAUCAGUCACAUGAAAAGUCAAAUGGCAAAGUAUGGUAUACCUGAUUUAGUAAUCAGUGACAAUGGACCCCAAUUUGCUAGCUUUGAAUUUAAACAGUUCUCACAGCAGUACCAGUUUGAACAUGCUACUUCAAGUCCACAUUAUCCACAGUCAAAUGGGCAAGCUGAGAGAACGGUUCAAACCGUCAAACGCUUACUGAAGAAAUCAAAUGACCCAUAUCUGGCCUUAUUAGAAUAUCGGAACUCUAAUAUUGAUGAAGUUGGACUUUCACCAGCUCAAAUGUUCCUUGGAAGAAGAUUGAAAACUACAAUACCGACGUCAUUACCAUUACUCAAGGCUGAAGCAUUUGAUAAGGUGCGGGAACAACUGGUAAAACGCCAGAAAAAACAACAACAAAGUUAUGAUCGACAUGCCAGUGGAGGUCUACAACCACUGAGCCCUGGAGACCAGGUCCUGUUACAACAACAUCCAAAUACAUGUAGAUCUGAAUGGAAACAUGGAACAGUAAUUGAGAAACAUAAGACCCCAAGGUCCUAUGUAAUCCGAUCAGGAAAUCGGGCAUACCGGCGAAACCGCAGACAUCUACGACCAACCAGGUCAAAGGCAGACUUGGACCAAGAACCAGCUGACCUUAAUUUACAUUGCUGGCCGCCCAGUAAUCAACCGUCCAAGCAAACUUUGGCUACAAAAACAUCCAUCCAGGAUAGCAAUAUGUCACAGGAAACCCGUCAGGCCAUGCAAAACCAACUUCCACCUACAUCAGUUUUGGAUAGUCCACGCCUAUCCAGUUCUGGAAGGAUUAUCAAAACGCCAGCAAGAUUCAAAGACUUUGUUCAAUAG